AUGGUGUUGAGCCACGUGAUCACACAGGACAGUCCGCUCUACGACGUCACAGCGGCGGAUCUACUGGAAGAUCCCUUCGAGUUACUGAUAAUUCUAGAAGGUACGAUUGAGUCCACAGGAGAGAUGAUGCAAGCCAAGACCUCUAUCGGUAGCGCUGAGAUAUGCUGGGGGUAUAGGUUCGCUCCCGUUGAAGAAUAUGACUCUCUAAAUGACAAGUGGUGUAUCAACUUCAACAAGUUCGACCAAAUGGACCCUGUUGAAACUCAAAAACACAGCGCAAAAACACGGGCGGAGAAUCUUGCACGACUGACGCUACAAGAGCCAACCAAAACGAUCUCUCUGAUUGAUUCUUGA